CACCAAGCUCAAGAAAGUCGAUACACAACACCAAUUGAUCCCCAGCCAAAAAAAAUAAAAGGGAAACAGAAAAAUAUAAUUUUGAAAAAUCCUCCACCUCAAGCAAAUUAUCCAUCUCUCCGAAACGUCGUUUUCCACUUCCCCGGGCUUUUUUUCUUUGCUUUUCUCCUUCCUUCUUCAGCCCCUCCUCAUCGCCGGCGACCUUUCUACCCCGAUCGUCUCACCAGCCCCCAAAUCCUCUUCCUCCCUCUUGACAAAGAGAAAUGACUUUCACAACCCAUUUCAGCCACUGCUCCACUUCUUGCAAAGACAACUCCAAGCUAUUCAGCAGCAGUAGCAGGAGUUCCCCUGCCAUUCAUCAUCGCUUCUCCGGCUCAAGAAGACUGUGCCGCUUCCGGAUCAAUUCCGCCAACGGGAAUCCUCUGGAAGCUUUGCCCUUACUUCCCAUCUCGGAAUCAGCAGCCGAUUAUGAUUAUGAUGAUAAUGUUGAAACGGGGGAUUCUCAUUCCACUCUGAGCAUAACAGUGGUCGGAGCUUCAGGGGAUCUUGCGAAGAAGAAGAUAUUCCCCGCGCUUUUCGCUCUUUACUAUGAAGAUUGGCUCCCUCAGAAUUUCAGGGUGUUUGGAUAUGCUCGAACUAAAAUGACGGAUGAGGAGCUGAGGAACAUGAUCAGCCGUACAUUGACUUGCAGAGUGGACAAGAGGGAGGAUUGCGAGCAGAAGAUGAACCACUUCCUGGGAAGAUGCUUCUACCAGGCUGGACAGUACAGCUCCGAGGAACACUUUGCUGAGUUGGACACCAAGCUCAAGGAGAAGGAGGGAGGGAAAUCGUCCAACAGGCUAUUUUACUUGUCUAUUCCACCAAACAUAUUUGUUGAUGUGGUGAGAUGUGCAAGCCUUAGAGCAUCCUCUGCCACUGGCUGGACGAGGGUUAUUGUCGAGAAGCCAUUUGGCCGUGACUCGGAGUCGUCUGCUGAGCUCACCAAAUGCUUGAAGCAGUACCUAACUGAAGAACAAAUCUUCAGGAUUGAUCAUUAUUUGGGGAAAGAGCUGGUAGAGAAUCUAUCAGUGCUUCGUUUCUCGAACCGGGUUUUCGAGCCUCUUUGGUCUCGAGACUACAUUCGCAAUGUGCAGCUGAUAUUCUCUGAAGAUUUUGGUACAGAAGGCCGAGGAGGCUAUUUUGACAACUACGGGAUCAUAAGGGACAUAAUGCAGAACCAUUUGCUUCAGAUUCUGACAUUGUUUGCAAUGGAGACUCCUGUCAGCUUAGAUGCUGAAGACAUUAGGAAUGAAAAGGUGAAGGUACUAAGGUCAAUGAAAACUCUGCAACUUGAGGAUGUAACCCUUGGCCAAUACAAAGGGUUCAGCAAGGGUGGGAAAUUAUACCCUGGUUAUACAGAUGACCCAACAGUGCCAAAGGAUAGCAUUACACCAACAUUUGCAGCUGCAGCUCUCUUUAUCAAUAAUGCUAGGUGGGAUGGUGUUCCCUUUCUCAUGAAAGCAGGCAAAGCUCUCCAUACCAAGAGGGCUGAGAUAAGAGUGCAGUUCAGGCACGUCCCAGGCAAUCUGUACAAGAGAAACUUCGGAACUGAUCUGGAUAAGGCUACUAACGAGCUGGUGCUCCGAGUUCAACCUGAUGAAGCCAUAUAUCUAAAGAUCAACAACAAAGUCCCUGGCUUGGGGAUGAGACUUGACCGCAGUGACCUCAAUUUGCUCUACAAGGCCAGGUAUCCAAGAGAAAUACCAGAUGCGUACGAGAGGCUGCUAUUGGACGCCAUAGAAGGGGAGAGGAGGCUGUUCAUAAGAAGCGAUGAGCUGGACGCUGCAUGGGCAUUGUUUUCGCCAAUGUUGAAGGAAUUGGAGGAGAAGAGAAUAGUUCCAGAGCUGUAUCCAUAUGGGAGCAGAGGCCCAGUUGGGGCCCAUUAUCUUGCCGCAAAGCAUGAUGUGCGAUGGGGAGAUCUUAGUGGUGAUGACUCUUAGUAUGCGGUUCUGGUGCUCUUCUUGUGAUUCUAAACUUGCAUUCUGAUAGAAUCUGAUAAAAUUAAUUAUUAACAAUUUCAAAUUAUGGUUGAUGUCAUAACGUUUACUUUAUACAUCAUUGUCAUAAACAUAAAUCAAUUCCACGAACCAACUUAUAGUAAAUAAAUAAAAAAUUCUCACUUCCUAGCCGAAAAUAAGAUCGGGCUUGUAGAGGUGUAUGUUGGGACAGACGAUGUCGGUCAGGGUGGAGCUAGUUAUAGAUAUGAUGGCGGUGAAACCUCUUCAAAUCACCAUUUAUAUGGUGAUGGUGUUGUAGGAGUUGGGAUGGCAAUGAGUCGGAUUUUGCCAAAUUCAAACUAAAGCCAACAAGUAUACUAUAUCAACAAAAAAAAAAAUCUAGAGAAAAAUCCAACGGGUUCUGAAACCUCAAACCCAACCCACUAGGUAUCCAUGACCUUGAUUCUGAUGGACAAAAAUGCAUAAUACCAAUCUCUUGUCGAAAUAAAAGUUUAUUCCCAGA